GGGUUGUAGAAAAGGAGGGGUUCCCAUCCAUGGCAAGGCUGCCGCUGGUGCUCUGCCCUCACACAGACGCAGCCUCACAUCCUAGCCGGUCCCCAGCUCUGAAGCGAGCCCUUUGAGCUGGUUGGCAGCAAGCGACAUGGCCAAGAAGCUGUCUGAAGAGCAGGAGGCCGAGUUCAAGGACGCCUUCUCCAAGUUUGACAAGAAUGGGGAUGGCACCAUCAACACCCAGGAGCUGGGCGCCGUGAUGCAGACCCUGGGCCACAGUCUCUCGGAGGCUGAGCUGAAGGAGCUCAUCGCCAUGGUGGACACGGAUGGCGACGGCGUCAUCAGCUUUCAAGAGUUCCUGGUGGAGAUGGUCCAGAGGAUGAGGGCCUGGGCCAGCAAGCAGGACAUGCGGGGGGUCUUCAAUGACUUCGACCUGGAUGGCGAUGGCUAUAUCAGCGUGGACGAGCUCAAGCAGGCCACUGGCAAGCUGGGGGAACAGCUUUCCGAGGAGGAGCUGGACGUCAUGAUCCGCGAGGCUGACGUGGACCAGGACGGGAGGGUGAACUAUGAGGAGUUCGUGCGCAUCCUCACCCAUCAUUGAUGCCCUGCCCUGGCCUGACUCCUCCCUGACUCUGGUUCUAGUGCCUUUUCAAGGCCCUGCUUUGGUAGUGGGGAUGUGAUGAGAAAGUCUGGGUGGUGGACGGGAAGUUACCAGACUGGUGGGAAAGACUUCUCUUUCUUGGGUCUGGGUUCUGUGCUGUCGGGGGCUCCCCAGGAGCCCCUCUCUGCUGCUGAGACCCA